CAUUUCUUUUAAGCGACAGGGUGUCUAGACACACACGUGACCGGGCGCGUCAAUGCGCACUGGAGACUGGAGACGGAGCAAGGGCACCCAAACCAUCCGCCUCAUUUACAGACAGAGAGCCUUUUACCCCCCUCGACAUCACUCGUCGGCUCGCUUCCUUCCACACUCAGCCACGGAAACUUCGUGUGAGAUACGAGCUUGGAUUAUUUGAUCUUUGAAGGGAUUCGGCUGCUAAAAUAGGUUACAAGGCUCGGUGCGUGGACGCAAGAAGGAAAAAAAAAAACGAGUCUCUUGCUUUUUCCUCCGGCUUUUUUUCACUAACGCAACUCAACUCGGGUUAGAGAUCCAGUCCUGGGUUUUUGCUCCCUGCCUCCAGGAGACCACAUCCAUCUGCAGACGACUGGUGGACGAUAACGGAUAAAAAAGCCUCCGCAAGCCCGGUGGAGAGCCCUACUCUGUGCAGGCGGAUCAAGGAUUUUGUGGAUUAAUGCUCUUGAAGACACAGCGACGAGUCUCGCUUUCCAUGGGAUAAUUGCGAUAGCGUUUAGGCUUAAUUAGGCCCCAGUUUUCCUCUCAUUUACACUAAAGCCACUGCGCAGAGAGACGGGUUUUUGACAGUGUUUAUUUGCUGUAAAAAUCGCCACGGAGCAGCUUUUUAAAGGGGUCAGUUCACAGCGCUGUAGGUUGCACAUCACCAACACAUUCUGGCUACAUGCAGCCGGGCUGGAGCAGAUUUCCCUGACCAUAUAGAGGCGUAUUGUAGUUUUAAAAGCCCCGAAUGUUAUGGUUGUGUAUCCCUGGAGGAGAAUCUAACUGUCCCGUGAACCCGGACUGCUUAUUUCGGCGAUCUAGUCUGCAGGAGAAGGCAACAGAGACUGGCGUAUGCUACAGAUUUCCUCUGCUUAUCCAGCUCCCAGUUUUUCCACCGUAUUUUCUCAGGCUGCUUGUCAUUGCCUGGACUCGGAUCCCGGAAUCUUCAUGAUUUGCGGACACCAUGCUCGUUUUUUAGCCGGGAAACCCUCUUUUCGUCCCGCAUGUUUAGGACCAAACGAUCGGGGCUCGUCCGGCGACUCUGGAGGAGCCGUGCGCCCGUGGAGGGCGACGGGGAGGCGGAUAGAGGGACGCAUGGCUCCGGGGGCUGCUGCAUGGGCAAAGCGACAAAGGUGGCCAAGUCCAACGCAGGGUCCGAGGCUGAAUUGAAGGCGUUGACCCACUCGAUACUGAAAAAGAUCAAAGAGAAACAAUUAGAGGUGCUUUUGCAGGCGGUGGAGUCCAAGGGGGGUGCCCGCAGCCCCUGCUUGCUCCUGCCCAGCAAAGUGGACGCCAAAGUGGGUCAACAGUCUUACUCUCUCCCCAUGCUGCUCUACAAAGUGUUCAGGUGGCCGGACCUCAGGCAUUCCUCGGAGCUGAAGAGGCUGUCUUGCUGUGAAUCCUACGGGAAAAUCAACCCAGAGCUCGUUUGCUGCAACCCGCACCACAUGAGCAGGCUUUGUGAACUCGAGUCGCCUCCUCCUCCAUAUUCGCGCUACCCCAUGGACUAUCUUAAACCACCAGAUUCUCCAGACUCUGGACCUUCAUCCAGUGAUACUGGGGGAAUGACAUACUCGGCCCCUGUGGGGCCUUCAGAUUCCCUGGCGUUGCAGGAGUCUGGCGAUCGGGCCCAUUGGUGCGUGGUGGCAUACUGGGAGGAGAAGACCCGCGUCGGGCGCCUCUACUCGGUCCAGGAGCCUUCUCUGGACAUCUUCUAUGAUCUACCUCAGGGGAACGGCUUCUGCCUGGGCCAGCUUUGCUCCGACAACAAGUCCCAACUGGUGCAGAUGGUGCGGGCCAAGAUCGGCUACGGCAUCCAGCUGACGCGUGAGCCAGACGGGGUGUGGGUCUACAACCGCAGCUGCUACCCCAUCUUCAUUAAGUCGGCCACACUGGACAACCCGGACUCGCGCACGCUGCUGGUGCACAAGGUGUUCCCCGGAUUCUCCAUCAAAGCUUUUGACUAUGACAAGGCCGGCAACCUGCAGAGGCCCAACGACCACGAGUUCACGCAGCAGCCUCGCACGGGCUUCACGGUGCAGAUAAGCUUUGUGAAAGGCUGGGGACAGUGCUACACCAGACAGUUCAUCAGUAGCUGCCCGUGCUGGUUGGAAGUCAUCUUCAACACUCGAUAGCAGCAGCCUUCCUCUUCUUCGCCCCCUUCUUCCCUCCCUCACAAACAGACUACAACCCACUUUUCCUUUUUUUGUUCCAGAGGUUCAAAACACAGAAGAAAAAAGGAUUUAAAAGAAGAAGAAAGUCUAAGGAUUCUGACAGACUUUGUUUAAUAAAUGACUAAGAUUUAAUUAAAUAAGAAGCGAAAAAAUGUAUUUUAUGUUAUAUAUAAAUAUAUUAUUAAUUGUAAAUAUGAAGACGUUUUAUAUGCAUCAUUAUUUAUGUAUUGUGCAAUGUGUUGAUGAGAAAAAGAAAAUAAGAUGCACUUUGCUUAAUAUAAAUGCAAAACAAAGAAAUGCCAAAAUAAAAAAAAAAUACAAAUAAUAUUUCUUGUCCGGUC